GGGAAGAUAAUCGGACCUGGUUCGUGCACGGACUUGGUUCGAUGGAUGCCACAGGAUUUGAUCUUGAUACCUACAAGAACGACACGAGAAUUCAAGAGCAACUUGUAGCACCAAUGCCAUGGAUAGGCAUGUACGUUGCUGCAGCUUUUGCGAUCUGCACGUUAGCAAUGGCUGCCGAUUCUCUGCACGGAUUCUGGAGAAAAAGACACUGGUUCCCGUCGAGGUAUUUCUCCAUCAACGCCACUUCUCUUACAUUACUAGCAGUUUCGAUGAAGCUGCCUGUGGAUCUCACCACUCGUAUGUAUGCUGUCACCGAUCGCCUUGCAAAGGUCAGCAGCCUCGUCUUCAUGUCAACCGCCAUGGCCAAUUUCUUGCCGUCUUUGGGAUCGAUGUCCGACAAGGACGUUCUAAUGAACGUCACUGCUUUAAGCAUUCUGGUGAUCACAGUCACUGCAAACGUAACCAUACAGAUUAUUCAGGUCCAUUCUUACCUGAGAGGCAGGCUUGCGUUUCUCGAAGAAAUGUUAGCCGUUGGUUCCAUGCUCCUCUUGCUUGUUAUGUUCACUUCAUCGGCUCUGAUGAUCCCGUCCACUAAGCGGUAUCUGGAAAAGAAGUACCACGAGAUGCACAAAACGGCUCUGAACGAAGAGCAAGUGGAUACGGGGAGAGUUAGUGCUGAUAAACUGCGAGUACUGAUCAAGAAAUACUGGGUGAUGGCAGAAACUAGCAGCCCUCAGUUUGUGAUCGCUCGUUCGGUGACGUGCACGACGUCUGGUGCGGUGAGCUUGAUCGUUGCUCUCGUUUUAUUGGAAGCCGAGAUUCGGUUGGCCAUGAAGUGCAUGAUACUCGAAAAGUCGAUAUCGAAUUACGGGUGGUCGACAAAAUUGAUUCUUCUCUCGCAGACUAUUGGAGUGAUAGUUGGCACCAUUGCACCAGCAUCGAGAUGGUUCAUAGCCGUAAACUUUAGAUCGAAAAACGAAAGCGGAAAGAGCAUCAGAAGUGUGUUUACAGUGGAGGGCUAUUGGACGCAGAAGAUGGUUGACUGGAGACAGGGCUCGAUAUCUUUCCAAAUUCGACAUCUCAAGAGCAGAAAAUUCCUCCAUAAUCUGAGACGACGAUUUCUCAAACUGUGCAUUUCCGUUCAGUAUUUCAUUGUUCUGGCUAGCAAAAUGCUACUCCUCGUUUCUGUCUGUAUAACCAGUCCGGUGAUUUCAUGCAUUAACUACGCCAGAGGGUUGAAGAAGCAGAAGCGCAUAUCUCACUGCGUCUCGCGUGAUUACUCCACUGCCGAUCCGGAACUGGACGUUAGGCAUUACGUUAUGCUGCUCGAAGGGGAGCAAGAGCUGCCUACAGAAACUCUCGAGAAUAUCUGCAAAGAGGUCGAUGAAGUCAUUCGAAAAGGAAAGAUGAAGAAACCGGAAAGCUUGUUGAAACUUCUAGAAAAAUCUCGCAGCUUCAAUGGGGUGACGGAAUUCGACAGUCGGGAUUCACGAGAACUCCCUUACUGCUGGUCGCUACCUGUAGUCACCCUGACUAGCAUCGCACUUGCACUUCCGAACAUCGAGAAGCACAAAUCGGAACUACUGCUGAGUAGUGUUACCGAAGGGCUAUACUUUGUGAAGCUUGUCGAUAAAACUCUGGACAAAAAAAGUCGUCUGGCGAACGUAAGAACUGCGGCAGAUGUUGUCUGGGUUGGAGUUGAACUGUACCAUAAAUGGCAAGACAAGGAUCUUCACGAGACGUCGCUUAAAGGUAAAAAUGCCGAUGAGAUACUACAGCAGCUUCGGGACAAAGCCGAAAAGACUGUCGUUGAGUUCAGGAGAGACGCACGAGACUGCCUGAUGAAGAAUCCUCUUAACUGGCCUGCAAAGGUUAUUGCUGCCAACUCGAUGUACAGAAUCAGCAGAACAGUCUUGCUGACUCGAACUGCGGAAACCGACGACGAAUUGUUUGAGCAGUUAUCGGUCAUGAUAGCGGACAUACUGGCUGCAUGUUUCACUAAUCUAGGACAUGUAAUAACAAUGAAGUGCCACUGCAAUGCAAUCGAAGAGAGGGAGAAAAGUGUGCGUAAAGCAGCUCUUCUUCUCGGUGAAACCGAAGAAAUCCUUGCACUUCUCUGCCAACGCGAACUGCCACUCUCGGCCCCUAAUCGGGCAGCUUCCGUUGAAGAGUGGCGAGCACUAAUCGAUCAGGAAAAAAACAAUAUUAAUAUGGAAUUCAGUUCUAAGUCGAAUAUUGAAACAGGUACAAAAGUCGACGGAUUAUAAAACUGAUGUUUCCGUUCGUUAUCCUCGAUUAAACGAAGUAGUACUCAGUAAUCGUGGCCAUCUAAAUAUAUAUGAUUUCCGCUUUGAUGUGUUAUAAAUCACUACUACCAACAACAGUAACUAAAACCAUCAAUUCACCAUAAUCUUAUUGAUUACAUUACAAUUGUCACAUUAGUUCACGGAACCCUAAUUUGCCCUAAUUUUUGGGAAAUGUCAGCGAUGAGGCUAUUUUGAUCAAAUCGCCAUAGAAACAUCUAUCUCUAUCAUGAAACAGCAGCCAUAAAUAAAGCAUUGAGAAAUUCAAAAGGGAGAGAGGAAAAUCACAAAGGUA